GAAAAUUGGAAAAAAAUUAUCGCCUAACCCUAACCUGUUACCCAUGUUACGUUCCGAUGUCCGCCAUCUUGGUUCGCAUACUUCGGGAGCACCAGUAUUUGUUUAUGAAGCCCAUUCGUCUUUAGGGUUAUGAAUACUGACACUCAUUUUUUAAAGUAUUUUGUUUAUGGGAUGAUUCAUGUUUAUCAAUGCAUUCACCAAUUAUUUGGUUUAAUUUUAAAUUCCGACAUUAUCAAGCAAAAAUAGAAAUUGUGUUAUUCCAGGGUAAAUAAAGGUGGAUGUAUGCCUUAAAAAUAAGAUUUUCAAGCACUGUUAGUUUUAUACAAUUCUACCUCUAAUUCAAUAAUUAUAAUUCCUAAUUUUACACAGAUUAAUUAGCUAAUUAAUGAAAUCAUGGAAGACAUUGAUGAUGACGUUGGAGAUUUACUUGCUCUUAUGGAUGAAGAUGAAGAAGCUGAGACCAGCACUCUUGAGGAUGAAUAUUUCGAACUGGAAAAGAAAAUGAAAGAAAUCAAGGAAAAGAUGAAACAAAAGAAAGGAAAUUCACCUGGACGCAAGAAAAAUGAGAAUUGUUCACCUGAGGAAACCACCGAAACUAGCCAAAAAUCAUCUCCAGAUAAUAAAGAAAAUGUUACAGAUUCAAAAAGUCUGCCAAAAUCAUCGUUCCUGGCUGCAUUUGCGGACGCACCAUUUGCAAAUACAGCCAGUGUUACAAAUACAGCCAGUGCAUCUCUGAAUUCUAAUAUUUCGAGAAAACUUGAUUCUGAAAAAACUAAAAAUGUUACGUCAUCUUUUUACGGUUCCAGCUCGAAACGUCAGGUUGAGAAUAACCAGUUUGAGACUGAUUUACCCCCUCAGAAAAAAAGACGAGUCGCAAAUACCACUCAAGCACCUGGCCCAAUGGGCCACCCCUUCACCGAAAGCUUGAGGGGUAGUGUAUCAAGCCCCAGAACACCGAUGGGGCCCUUGGGUAACCUUUUGGGCCCACAAUUUGGUGCCAAAUCGACUCCUCCCCAGAAACAAAAACCUGCAGCUGCAAAAGAACCAGUUGUUGUUGAAAUUGAACGAUUUUCUCGAAUUCGAUUGAAAAAAUGUUUUGUUCCUGGUGUAGAAAUGCAACAACGCAUGACGGGAAAACGUUAUUUAAAAUUGAGCCUUAUCCGUUCAACCAUGAAGUUAUCCGAGGAAACUGAUUGGGUAACGAUUGGAGUUGUUGCUAAGCAACUUGAGCGGCAGACCGCGAAAAAUGGAAAACCAUUCAGUAUCUGGAAUUUAACAGAUUUGGAUGACUGCACAAAAACGGUUUCAUUUUUUCUUUUCGGUGCCGUACACGAAAAAUUAACGAAACAAAUGGCUGUAGGGAGUGUGAUUGGACUUCUGAACCCAACGAUUAUGCCCCCUAAGAAAGACGACCCCAAAAAUUCGUUUGACGAUACGCCUGCUUUGACUGUGGAUGUUGCAGAUCGGACAAUGCAUAUUGGUUUAGCGUCUGACUUGGGAUGGUGCAUGGCAACAAAAUGGAGAAAUAAACAACCCGCUGGAAAAUGUUUAGCGUUCAUUAACAAACAAGUAUCAGACGUCUGUGUUUUUCACAUGAAGAGCAAAUAUAAGAAAUCAAGCGCACGACGUAGUGAAUUGCAAGGCUCCGUUGCUGCCCCCGUAGCGAAAAAAUUUAAAGAUAGCAUGUGGAAUAAAGUAAAAAAUGAUCAGUUUUUUUACGGAGGGAAAGUGUACAGCGCUACCCCGAAUUCCGUUGCAAACUCUACAAAACCGAAAGAACCAAAAGUCAAAUUGACAAAAUUUUUGUCGAAUCAUGCUGACCUUGCAGCUGAAGGAAAGAGAGAAUUAAUGGAGAGGUCAAAGGUUAUGAAAGCACUCAGUGGAAUCGAGGAAGAUCACUCAGUCUCGGGAUGCUCACCAGCAUUUGCGGAGAUGCUAACAUCAGGUGACAUGGCGGCCGGAUCUCGACAAUAUUUGAAUCAUUUGAACAAUUUAAAGAAAGAAGAGGAAUUCAAGAAAAAGGCAGCGGAAUCGAAACCCCAAACUGCAGCCGAAUUCCUUAAAGAACGAGGAAAUCUCAUUAAAUCAAAGUCAAAGACAACUUCAAACGUUACAACACAGCCGGUGAAAAAAACAGGAUCACUGUUAUCACAGCUUAAAAGCAACGCAGCGAAUUCCAGAACAAAAAUAACUGGCAACAAUAGUUUUGUCUCUCCAGCGGAUAUCAAAAAAAUGACAGCUGAUAUGGUGCGCAUGAAAAAAUUGGAGUUAGCGAAAAUUUCCUCCCCAAAAUUGGGGGCAAAUGGCCCCAAAUUAGGCGAUGGGUCUUGUAAUGGUGAAAUUGAUCUUUUUGGGGAGUGGGGAAGCCCCAAAAAUUCGAGUUCAUCAAAAAAUAAUGCCAGUUUAGCAAAGAAAAAAGCGAUAGCAAAAUUACGGAAUGAUACUGGGAAUGUGGUGAUACAAAAAUCUGACCCAAAUAAAGGAGUUUUAAAGCAAGUUAAAAAUGUUCAAAACAGUGACAAUAUGAAAAAUAAAAUUUUGCAAAAAGUGGAAUUGAAUCUGGGUGAAAAAAAGGAAAAUCAGCCUCAAAAAUUGUCCCCAAAACACUCAAAAUUUGGAAAUUUGAGUAAAGAAGAAUUUAAUAAAAUUUUGAACAGCAAAUCGUCGUUUUCUCGUGAAAUUGAGAACUCUCAGCUUGAAGAGGAGGAAAAAUAUUUUACCCCCCUUAUACGGAAAGAAAUGAUGGAAAAAAAGAUGUCUGAAACGUACGAGAUUUCGUCCAAAGUCGUGACGUGUGUUGAAUGUUCGUAUACGUUCUGGGGGCCACACGAGAGGUGUAAAGAGCUGAAACAUCAUUUAAACUGGAAAAACGCGAAAAAGAAAUUCUUCGAGUGCUCGAAUUGUCGACAUAGGGCAAUUACAUGGGAGAUGUACCCCUCAAAAUCCUGUGCAGAAUGUGGGAGUGAAAAAAAUUGGCGAAAGUCGAGUAUGUUGAAGGAAAGAGAUGUGAAAAUAUUAGAUUCGGAGGUUUUAUUGAUCCGUGGUUUGGAGCACGGAAGGUUUUUGAACUCUCUUGCAUGAUGACAUGUGUUGGUACUCCAGAAGUAUGUGCGCCAAAAUGGCAGACACCGAAACGUCGUAUGUGUACCGGGUUAAGGUUAGGCCAUAAUUUUAGAUACAAAUACUACGAGAGUCACUUGGCUAGUCACCGAACUCGUAAUAGAACUAAAAAAGGAAAAAUUAAAAUUAUAAUAUAACCUUAACCUGGUACACAUACUACAUCCCCGAUGUUUGCCAUCUUGGUGCACAUACUUUUGGAGCGCCCAUGUGUUUACAUUAUAAUUAAACACACAACGAUGGCUUAAUGUUUAGGAGUGCAAACGAGGUAUUGAAUCUUCAUGCCAACAACUUCACUCUAAAUUUGGCAAUGCUGAAAAUUCCAUUUAAUCUUACCUCUGGCAGAAGGUUAUUGAUUUUUUUAAAGCGAAAUCACUAAAAAUAUUCAAAUCAUUCGUUAUUUCAGAAUUUUACUUUCCAAGAUAUUGCCCCGUAGCUGUUUUGACAUCAUUUUAUAUUUCUUUCCGAACCAAUUUUAGGUUUCUUCGGCGUUAUUAAAAUUCCAACUCUGCCUCUCGUAGAAUCAUUGAGGCAUAUCUGGUCAGGAUAAUCCUAUCCUAAUGCAAGAGUUACAAUGCUGCCAAUUCCUUACUUCUUGUUAGUUAAAAAGUCAAAUCUUACUAAAGAGCAUGGCUCUAUUUCGUUAAAUACCUCUUUUUGCCUAAUUGGGACCUCUUUAUUUCUGAAUCAGUAUGCAUAUUGGAUGCUCCCGUAGUGCGAGUACCAGGUUAAGGUUAGGCCAUAAUUUUUUUCCGAUUUUCCUUAUUUUAGUUCUAUUACAAGUUCGGGGACUGUCUGUGUUAGCCAAGUGAAUAUACCCCCCGGCCCAUAGGCUUCAGUCGCUUUACACGACUUGAUGUAAAGUAGCCGAAUAAAAUUAGUUACCUCCAUAUUGGUACAUACACUCCUGGAGUGCCCUAUUUUUUAUGUAAACUUUUCUUGACUGCCAAGUAAAAAUCGUGUUCACUGCCCUGUAUCGAAUAUAAGUGGUGAAAAUAGAUCAAAAACUGCCGAUAAUUAUCAUAUGUGUUUAUUUUUAUUAUUUUCAUGUAUUUUUGAGUGUUAUCGUCAAUAGCAUUUACGGUGCUUCAGACAGAGACUGAACGUUUUCUAAAAUUUAAAUUCGCUCGUAGUAGGUCAGUGGCUCCACCCCUUUUUUUCAAGUAAGCCAAAUUUUCUGAAAAUUUUUUUUGUAAAAUCUCGCAACCCAAGAAUAUGCUCAAAUACUAGGCGGUAUGUAAUGCUUAUGUCUUAUAUGGUCACAAAAUUAACCGAGUAAUGUGAAAUAACCAUUUUCACAUUUAUUUAAGCAAAACAGCAGCUUUUUCGCUGUGAUACUCCGAAGUAUGUAAGCUCCCGAAGUAUGUGCACCAAGAUGGCGCAUAUACCUGAAACCUUACCCGGUAGUCGGUACACAUACAUGCUUGUAUGUUUCAGAUUGUGCGUCAUCUUGGUGCACAUACUUCUGGAGCACCCUUUCGACAUAAAAUUACCAGUAAGCUACACUUCAAUAGAAAAUAAAAGCAAUAACUUUUCCCAAGCGACCCAAGAAAACUUCCAGGCGACCCAAUUUUUGGUGGGAACCCCUGUAGUAGAGAUUGCCAGACUCUUUCAAGUCAACUGCCAAAUAGAAAACAAAUUCACUUUUUUUGUAUGUUUUUAUCAAAUGCUGCCUUUUUGCUAAAAAAAUUAUUGUCACUGUCGAUUUAUUGCCAUUUUGAGGUUGGAAUUAAAUAUUAUUAAUUACACCAACGAACCUUGCUAAUUUUCUUUACAUGUCUUUUUAUCUUGGUGGUGUUUUGCAUUAAAAACUUACUGAGUGAG